GUCGUUAUAAAUACCUGGUUACUCCUUCUAUUAUCGUUCUCACUUUAGCCAUGACACUUGACAGAGUCUUGCGUUUAGGCUUCGUGUUAUAUCAAGCUUACACGACAACGUCUCAAGUUGACGCACUAGCAAGAAGCGAAAGCGAUGUCUGAAGAUCCAUCCACCGCAGAGUGUGCCGCCAAGUCCCGUGGAAGGUACAAUCCUGACCUUCGCAAGAACUUUCAGAUAAUCGGCGGCGCUGGACUCCAGUGCUAUUCGCGACAACUAAAGUGUCUUGUCUGUGGAGAUAUCGUAGCUGACCACGCGAGUUGCAUCAGACGGCACGUGAAAUGCUGCUCCGCGAACGCAGAGAAGCGUAUUGCAGCGGAGAACUCAGCGGAUCCGAGAGCUUCCUUGGAAGUGGUGACGUGGACCAAGGCUCAAAAAACCGAGCUCCGGAGCAACUUCCACAUUGUCGAGCCAACGCAGCCAGUGAAGUGCCAUAGAUGCCUCGCAUGUGGCAAAGACAAUGUCAAGGGGAGCAGGACCGAGCUCGUGCAGCAUAUCCAACGCUACCCGAGCACGCGAGCCAAGUACCGCGAGAUGGACGCAGAACACCUCAACACCACGCGUGCGCAGAAAUUCUUGAAGCGAUAUCUGGACGCGGCGGACACGCAUUGGAUGUGCCCGGGGUGCAGACCAAUCUUCCCGCGGACAGAAGAAAUGCAGCACCGCCGCGAGUGUGCCUUUUUCCGAUGCUACUUUUGCCACCGCUACCGACUCCCCUCCGCUGAACUGAAAUCGCAUUUACGAACGUGCGGAUCCUCUAAAAAGAACAAAAGCAAGCAAAGACUCCGAGCUUUAGUCGCUAAGCCUGAGGGGUAUGAGCCUACGCUCGGUCGUUGCAAUGCUUGCGCGACUUCUGUGCCGCUGACGGAGCUUGAGCAACACCGUCGGGAACGUAUCUUUCUUUACUGUGACGCAUACAAGACGGCCAAGAUCCAUACGGGUGCUUGGGAAAGCCAUGUCUGCACAUGUUCGAAGCGGGUUGAGGGUACUUUCGGUUAUUGCAAUGCUUGCGCGGCUUCUGUGCCGCUGACGGAGCUUGAACGACAGGCCAAGAUCUUCCCAGUUGCUUGGGAAAACCAUGUGCGCAUGUGCCCGAGGCGAGCUGUUGACGAUGUCGCUCCAGGAACGAUGCCGGUUCCUGAUCCACCGGUUCCUGAUCCAAGCCACCUGGGACAGGGCGCAUCAGGACUUAUGCCGGUUCUUGAUUGGCUUUCAGAACAGAAUACAUCAGAAAUGAUGCCGGUUCCUGAUCCCAGGCUUCUGGAACAGGGCAGCGCAGCCCUUUCUGGGUCUCACUUUUCUUCGGGGACGGAAAUUCCAUUUGAUAACAUACUUUAAAAAACUGAUCAAUAUUAUUCAAAAUGACUGAGACCAAUAUGAUGUCGAAUUAUAGCAGCAAUGCAAGGAUGAUUUGCAGAAGUAGCAUGUAUGAAAGUUAGGCGCAAAACGAUCAUGAUGAAGUUGAUGCCGUAGCUGUAAAGGAAAGCCGUCGAGAACAAGCGUAGUUAUUAUUACCAUAGUCCAUUGACAGAGCAUACCAAAGUGAGAAGAAAAAAAGCAUCAAGUAUCAGACAUAAGUCAGCGUCAAACUAAUGCUUGAAUAUGGGAGCUGAAGAUGAUUG